AUGGCUGGUUUGCGUGCUUUUCUCAUAUUCAUCCAAACAUUUUGUUUUGUUCUGAAUGUUCCGCCAAUGCUGUGGCACAUCAACUCUCGCAACGUUCCUGCAAGUGCGUUGUUGGUUUAUCUGGAGAUCUGGAUGAUUCAGGGACUUGUUGGCACGAUCAUUUGGGGCGGAGACAAUUUUGUUGACAACUGGGACGGCCGUGGCUGGUGCGAUUUGAUUGUGAGAGUCCAGAUCAUGGCUCAAAUAGGUAUCCCGGGAGCCAUUUUUUGCAUCUCUUUGAACUUGUUGCUGAUUCUGAUGGCCAACAAAUGGACAGAGAUGUGGUUUUCACGGUGGAAGACCAAGAUGGCGUUUGAAUUGUUCUGUGUGCUUGGGUUCCCUGUGUUGGUUGCUGCGUUUGUGUAUUUUGGCAUGAUGUUCCGGUACGGUAUCACUCAAUGUGCUGGAUGUCGGCUGAUGAUGGCCAACUACGGCAUUUCUGUGCUGUUGUACUACUUCUGGCUAUUUUUCUGGGCUGUUUUGGGAUUCAUCACUGCUGCCGGUACGUUGGUUGUGUUUUUUGUCAAGAGGACCAACACCAGAAACAUUCUUCAAUGCACCAACUCGGGCUACUCUUUGCGCAAGUUCAACAAACUGCUGUUGUUUAGUGUUCUUGUGAUUGCAGCCAUGUUCCCGUUGAAGCUUGUUUCUCUGAUUCUGAUGGUUCGCGACAUGAAACCAGGGUUCAAGCCGGACUUUGCCAAGAACUUGUACUGGGACAUCAUUCUGCGUAUUCCAUACAAGGCCUCGCAGGACGCGGAAAGAUGGAUCCUAAUCAGUGUGUCGAUUGUGAGCUUCUGUCUGUUUGGACUCGGCGAGGACGCUGUUCAGAUGUACGUUGGCUGGGUGGAGUCUGUUCCUGCUGGUCGCAAGAUGACCAAGACUUACAGAAACUGGCGGGACUCGAGACAUGUGGCGAAACAACAGAACUAUCUCACCAGACACGCGUCGGAACGGACUCUGGAGUCGCCGAUCUCGAAAGAGUACUCGCAAAAAUCGCCGGUCUCGAGCUGGGAAAUGGACGAGGUCAAGUCGUACGGCAGAAGCGUCGACACCGCGUCGAUCAGCAUGGACAACUCGCAAGCCACCACGCCCAAAGACGAGGACAUCCGCCGUGAGUUGCGCCAGGCAGAACUCGACCUCCUGGACCAGGAUAUCCGUCGCGACCUCCACCGCAUGGGACUCAACUACUCCGAUAUCUAG